GUUUUUAAAGCAAUUAGAAAUGGCUAAAAAUUCCCUCAUGCUAAUUAUCGCUCUUUUCUUCAUUGUUUCAGGUAUAGAAACUGCAAUGGCAAAAAAAUGUGAGGCACUCCUUCAAGGACCAUGCGAAGCUGCAUACUGUACUGCAUUGUGCUCUAAAACUUACAGUGGUCCAGGAACUUGUGUGCAGGGUGGAUGUCUUUGCACAUAUGAUUCCGGAUCCCCCACUUCACCAUGUAUAGGGGAGUGAAUAGGCCAGUAACGUCCGAAAAAAUAAUUAUUUGUUUAAAUUAGAUAUUUGUGAUAUUUAUUGAAAUUGUGAUGUUUAUUGAAA